AGCGGUAUGGAGUCAAACUAGUUGACAACAAAUACAUUUUUACGACAGAAGUGAGGUUUUCGUGACCAGAAAUCCAUGAGAGAAAUAAGUAUAAAUUUAAAUCCUUGAGUGGAGUGAGCUAAAUAAUUAUUUUAGUGUAUAGGUUUCGGGUGAAAUUAUGAAGAGGCGAAAUGCUGAGAUCGCUAAAAUGAGAAGACCCUUGAAAAAGAACAAAAUUACCGAAGGAUUUUACGGAAGCACACUUCUGUAUUUGAAAUUUGUAAUUCUAUGGGUCUUGGUAAUAUUGGCAGACUUCAUAUUGGAAUUCCGUUUUGAAUUCUUGUGGCCAUUCUACUUACUCCUACGUUCAGUUUACGACUCAUUCAAAUAUCAAGGCUUGGCCUUUUCGAUAUUCUUUGUAUGCAUAGCCUUAACUUCAGACAUGCUGUGCUAUUUUUUCAUACCAGUUCACUGGUUAUUUUUCGCGGCAAGUACUUACGUAUGGGUGCAGUACGUUUGGCACACAGACAAAGGUAUCUGCGCCCCCACGAUCAUCCUCUGGGUUUUGUUUGUAUAUCUGGAGGCAGCUGUCAGGUUAAGGGAUAUCAAACAUAUGCCAGGACAUUUGGACCUGUGCAGACCGUUUGCAGCACAUUGUAUAGGUUAUCCCGUGGUAACUUUGGGCUUCGGCUUCAAAUCUUAUGUAGGGUAUAGGAUGAGGCAGCGUAAACAACAAGUAGUGGCCAAAGAGAAUCAGUUUUAUAUGCAGCUGAUGCAACAGGCGUUGCCGAUAGAAACGUGCGCUGUUGCGCAAGAGCAGGUCGAACCUGUUUCAAAUGCCGUCGUACCUGUUCAGCCCGUGCUGAAUAAUAGUAAAAUACAAAACAGGCAGUCCCAUGAGAAGAAUGGCCACAUUCCGAACGGGGCGAUAGCCAACGGCGUACAUAAUACAAAAUCACAUCACAGAAAAUCGGUGGAGAAAUGCAAAGAUCAAGAUCAACACGGGAACGAUCACAAUACAAAACAUUCGGAUCGACAUAUAGACCGACAGAAAGUGAACCACGCACACACAAAUGGUUCGGUGGUAAAUACGUCGAUGGAAGAAGGAAAUGGACACGAGACAGAAAUGAAACCGGUGCGAAGGAGGGAAAAGAAAGAACAGGAUAAAGAACGAGAAGCUGCGGAAUAUUUGCAAAGGUUAGAGACCGACUGUAAGAAGUUGAGGUCCGAUUUGCAUUUAAGCAGAGCUAGCGAACAAGAUCUGAGGUUGCAGGUGGCGUCUUUGACGACUUCAGAAAAAGUGUCUAAAGGCGAGAUAUCUUUGUUGCAAAGGGAGGUAGAAGAAUUGCAGCAACGGUUGCAGAGCGCCCAAAGUACAAAAUCUUCCGAUAAACAAACAAUUAGUAAUUUAGAACGACGCUUGGCCGAAGAGAGACGGCUCAGAUCUAGUCUGGAAUCGCAACUCAACCAGGAAAGGAAGAACAGGAAACAAGAGGAAGCCAGAGCGGCGCAGGUGGCAGCUCAACAAUCGUCACGUGGUGAAUGCACUGAAUCGUGUAAAGCCCGUCGACGAGAAUUGGAAUCGGAGAUAGCGGAUCUUCGAGCUUCCAAACAUUGGCAGGAGGAUCGUUUGCAGGUGCUCGAAAGGGAAAGUAGCGCGUUGAGCGAACAAAUACGCGAUACCGAUUUAUUGAUGUCUGCGUUAUCGGCCAUGCAAGAAAAGAAUACCCACUUGGAGAAUUCACUUUCGGCGGAGAAUAGAAUCAAAUUGGAUCUGUUCAGCGCUUUGGGUGAAGCCAAGAGGCAGCUCGAAAUCAGAGAAAACGCUAACCGAGCACACGAGAAAGAAAUCGAAGAGCUGAAGAGUAAGAUAGCGCAAGUAUUGGCUGUGAUGCCUACAGAUACAUUCGGUUCGCCGACGUCGGCUACAAAUAUUUCCAGAGUCCGUUUAGCCGAAAGUCCUUUGUCGAACCUCGAUCCUAAUGCUACGGCCUACACGCCCAAAAAUUCCCUUGUCGCUUCUACGGAAGCCUAAUUAAUCUGUCCUCCGAUUCGGCGCACCCCCAAUUACCUUUUUUUUUUUCGUUUUUUCACUUCACAGUAGAUGGCGUAUUUGUUUCUAACCUCAAAAAACAGAUUUCUCUCUAUUUAAUUUUAUGGAAUAUCAAUUUUUGUAUGCGAUCUACGCCAUUUUUUUCUUCUUCUUGGAACUUUGAAUGAACGAAUUUUCGAAAUACGCCAUUUUCUGUAAACAAGUUCGUUUUUUAUGCCCAUCGGUUUGAAAAAUAAUUUGAUUGUAUACAAAACAUCGUAAACAAAUGUCAAAAAUUCGAUUGGAAAGAUUUUUUUAGCCAAUCCGGUGAACGCCGCACAGUAGAGACCCGGCUUAAGACAUUUAUUUUUAUCAUAAACUGUAAUAUAUUGUAAUGCCUUUAAUUCCCACUUUAAACGAUUGAUUCUUGCUUUUAAUAGUACAGUGUAUGUCAAAAAUUCUAUAGAUUCUAUUCUUUUUAGCUUUUCCGGCGAACGCCGUACGGUAGAGACCCAGCUUAAGACAUUUAUUUUUAUCAUAAACUGUAAUAUAUUGUAAUGCCUUUAAUUCCCACUUUAAACGAUUGAUUCUUGAUUUUAAUAGUACAGUGUACGUUAAAAAUUCGAUAGAUUCUAUUCUUUUUAGCUUUUCCGGCGAACGCCGUACGGUAGAGACCCGGCUUAAGACAUUUCUUCCUAUCAUAUACGCUACGAUAUUAAAAUGCAUCAAAUUCCCACAUUUAACGACGAAUUCUUGCUUUUAAUAGUACAGUGUACGUCAAAAAUUCUAUAGAUUCUAUUCUUUUUAGCUUUUCCGGCGAACGCCGUACGGUAGAGACCCGGCUUAAGACAUUUCUUCCUAUAAUAUACGCUACGAUAUUAAAAUGCAUCAAAUUCCCACAUUUAACGACGAUUUCUUGAUCUUAAUUGUACAGUGUACGUCAAAAAUUCUAUAGAUUCUAUUCUUUUUAGCUUUUCCGGCGAACGCCGUACGGUAGAGACCCGGCUUAAGACAUUUCUUCCUAUCAUAUACGCUACGAUAUUAAAAUGCAUCAAAUUCCCACAUUUAACGACGAAUUCUUGAUCUUAAUUGUACAGUGUACGUCAAAAAUUCGAUUGGAAAGAUUUUUUUAGCUAAUCCGGCGAACGCCGCACGGUAGAGACCCGGCUUAAGACAUUUAUUUUUAUCAUGAACUGUAAUAUAUUGUAAUGCAUCCAAUUCCCACAUCAAACGACGAAUUCUUGAUUUUAAUAGUACAGUGUAUGUCAAAAAGUCCAUUGGAAUGAUUUUUUUUCGCCCUGUGCGGCUGUUAUCCGGCGAAUGCCGUACGGUAGACACCAGGCUUUAGAUUUUUGUACCUAUAAUUAACACUACCAUAUUAAAAUGUAGCUAAUUCCCACAUUAGACGAUUAAUUUAUACAGUGUACCUCAAAAAUUCGUAGGUUAUAUUUUAUUUACUUUAUCCGGCAAUUGCCGUACGGUAGAGACCCGGCUUAAAACUUAUCUUCUGUAUAAUAUAUUAUAACGUUGGUAAUUUUUAUAUUAAACGAUUCAUUUUUAAUCUUAUAUACAGUGUACGUCAAAAAUUCGAUAGGUUCGUUUAUUUUUUUGGAACACCGUAUACAAAUUUUACUUAAACGUACAAUUAUUUUGGUUACGAUGUUUUGUUUAAAAAAAAAAUUAACGCCCGCUCUAAAAUUUUCUUUUUUUUUCUCUCGAACUGAAUACCAGCUUGCGGUGCUGAAUUAUUUGUUACGUUUUUGAGUUCCUGUGUUAUUCUCCUGUCGUAUGUUUUGAAAUAUCUCCAUUAUAUAAAUUUAUUUUUUUUAUUUUUUAUUUUGCAUAUUUCGAGCGACUCGGGAGAAAUUUAUUCAAAUAAAUUUUUAACGUCGAUCCUGUCUUUUUAUUUCGAAACAUUUAGUGACGUCAUUAUUGGUUAAUACGGUAGGCGACAAAGUGUCAUAAUUAUCAGUCAAUGCAAAAAGCUAUAGCCGUUGUUUAGUGGGUCGUACAGCUAUUAAAUUACACUAUGGCUGACGAGGUAUGUGGUGCUGUAACUUAGAAGAUCGAGGCCAUUUUGAAACAACAAAAACAGAAGAAUAACUCAUACCUGCUAGCAUGUGUCAUUUGUCAUUUAUAUAUCUUCUUCUUUUUCGUUUAUCUACACAAAAUUUUCACUUAUUUUUAUUAUAUUAAUUCGAAAAAUUAUUUUGUUUAAAUUAGGAAACAUACCAUGGGAGAAUAGCACGAAAUUCCUCUCCCUCAAUAAUUUUUUUUCGCGUAAACUAAUUUGUGAUAUAAUUUAUGACUAAGGUACUGGGGGGUCGAUAAUAAACGACUAAAUUUUUUUUUAUUUUUUUUGUUGUAUAUAUAAGCGUAUUGGUACUGAUUUUGCUAUUGGCUGAUUCGUUAUGAUCUCUAUAAAAAUUAAGGAUCUUAAAAAAAAUUGCGUUCGCUUAUUCGGAAUUUAUUUUGGUUGUUAGUAUCGGAAAAAAAAUGAAAUAAACGUUAAAACAGUCAUUUUAGUUAUUAACAUUAAGAAAAUCGAAAAAAUUCAAAAUAUGUUUUUAUCCAACAUUCCCUGUAUAUAUACAACCAUUUUUUAUAAAUAAUUCGUUCCACAAAAGUAUAAACAUCACAAGAAGAUGCAUUACAACCUUCAUAUAGUGAAAUAUUCAGUUAAUAAUAACUUACAACUGUCAAGUCUUGUGCUGAUGUAAGUAAAAAAUCAAGACUUUGAAAAUAAAAAAGAAGAACUGACAUAAGUAGCGCCAACUCACGUAUUCUGUGAUUUAACGUUGUUUAUAUUUUCAUCGAAGCAAUCUAACGAAAUGUCAAAGUCACUCAUUUAAAAAUGGCCGCUGUGCGGUAAACAAAUACCGUUGCCCUGAGGUACUCCGAGGUUUGUGAACUAAUUUGUUCGAUUUCAGACUUUAUUAUUUCAAGUUUUAUUGAGAAAUGGUUUCUUACUUGCAUUAGUAAGAAAUUUCUCUUAAGUUAGAGGUGGAAAUAUAGUUUGAAAAGUAUAUAUACUUCUGGAAAAUGAGCAGGAUUCUGGAUUAUUUUCUUGUGUUUGUCAAGAUGCAAUUUUAUUAUUGGGUUUAGUAGAUUAAGUAAAAGAUAAUUUUCAAGUUUUUGGGAUGAUUAUCCUUGUCCCGUGGUAGCCACCUAGCAAAACGGGGUGCAAACCCUUUUUUUCGUUAUAUCUCUGUAACUAACAAUCUCACAGAAAUUUUGAUAGGACAUAAUUUACAGCAAAUUGCAUUGUCUACAAUUAUGUUUAUAUAAAUUUUUUCCAUAUAAUCAAAAGUAAAGAAGUUAUUAAUAAAAUUAAGAGAAAUUUUUUUAAAAAUAAUUUUUUUGUUAUAAACUUUUUUUUAUUUUGCAAACCAAUUUUGUAUGUGAUCUUUUAACGAAUAUUUUGUACAUUUAGAGCGUUCCAAAGUUUAUCAAUAUUCAUAAGUAUACAGUGAAAAUUAAGUGUUUUCCUUUAUUUUCAUAUUAAAUGUUUCUACCCCUAGUAACUACGCUAUAACUUAUUUAUUGACUCUUUCCCACGAUACCUUUGAGGUAAUCUCUGUAGGCUUGUAUCCCUAAAGGGCCUUAUCCACGAACAACUGAAUGAUUUAUUCUUAGAUGGUCCAAGCUUCGGUUCAGGAUCUAAUUCUGUAUCGAAAGUGGAGGUUUUGGAUACAAUGGGAAUUAAAAUAAGAGUCAUGGUUCUUAGAUCAUCUUCUAAUUCAUUUUUUUUCAUUGAUUUUGAUGUUGCUACAGGUUUGAAUUGACAUUCAAAUGUUUUUAUACUUUAUCUAACAACAAUCUUCAGGGUUGUUUUCAGAUUGAGUAUCGUGAUACAAUUGGAGAGUGUUGAAAAGGGGCUGCAUCAUGGGUUGGAGGAAAAGAUAAAAAACUGAAUGAAUUUUUAGUUAUUACUUUUAUACUUUCUAGAAAAUUGAAUUUACUACAACCGUUUUAUUGUAAAAUGAAAAAAUAAAAUUAUUUUUGUUAAUAUCUUCUUUAUUUUUAAUUUUAUGAAAAAAUUUUAUAUAAACAAAAUGAUGGAAAAUGCAAUUUGCUACAAAUUAAGUAGUUACAAAUUUUCUGUAAGAUCUUUAGUUAGGGAGAUAUAGACGUUUACACCCCAUACAGCCCCACGAGUUUAGCUCCUAGUAACCCCCCCAAAUAUCUCAACAAUGUACUUGUGAAUAAUAUUUUAACGUUUAUUACAUUUUUAUCGAUAAUUUAACAAUAUUUGUUUUAAAGAAAAAUUGUUAGGUUGGUUUAAAAAAAUUAUUUUUUUUUGUUAAUAAAAAGUUUUUGGAAUUUAUAUAUUUUCGUUUCGUUAUUGCGGGUUGUAAAUAAAUUUUUUGGUGAAAAUAUAUUUUUUUUUUGUAUUAAUUUGACAAAUUAUAUUAAUUUUUAAGCAUUGUACUUAAAUUAAAAUAAAAUGUAUGUAUAAGAUUUUGUUCUAAACAAAAACUUUAUUUGGGGUAAUUUUUUUGGGGUUAAGUUCUCUACCAAUGGUUGUAAAAGUUAUCGGAAAGUUUCCCAACUGUGAUUAGAUUGAACGGAAAUUCGGGUUUUGUUAUAUUUGUAAAAAUUAUAGUUUGAAAUGUCACAGUUGGAAACUUUGUUUUUCAACAAGAUGCGUUCAAGUUAUUUUUGCCAUAUUUAUAUUUGUUGACGUCUUUUUUGUAUCUUCUAGUAUUUAUUUUUUUACUGUUUAUUUUUACUUCUUGAAUAAACACUUUGUCGCUUACUUUUCCGUGUUUUAUAAUUAUGCCAGAUCGAAAACAAAAUUUCGAUAAAAAAAAUUAAUUCCCUCCUCGUUUAUUUCAUUAAAUUUCCCCCAUACAAACUCUAUUUUUUCAUAAAUUGAAUUAACCAUAGAACAAGUUUCCCUAACAACGUUGCCAGACUUUUUGAUUUUAAUAUUAAUUCAUUAAUUGAUAAUUACGAGGGGGAAUUAAUUUUUAAUUUGAGUUAUCCGGACUGGCUUGGGGCUGCAAAUGAGCUGAAAGUAAAAUGCAUGCUGUGUGAUUAAGACUUUAUGACUUUUUCGUUUUGAAAUAAUAAAAUCCUUAAAGGAUACAUGAACAUAUACAA